UGACGCGAGUGUCAUUGUCAAAUUGCAAUCUUCUCUGAAAUUCUGAUGGCGGAUCGCGGAUGAAUGACGACGAACAACAUUGGAUUUUUUCUUUUCCGCGUGAAAAAUGGCAAGCGACCAAUUCAUUUUGAAGGAAGAUGGUUUUCUAAAUAUCGGCACACAAUCGAGCACGAUCACGUACCAUUCGAGUCUCAAUGUGAUUCUAGUGUUUAACCGUGAAAAUGAAGUGAAGGUGCUCGACGUUCAUUCGACUGUGAUUCUAAAGUCGUGCAAAUUAUCAGAGGGCAAGCAUAGAGUUCGCGGGCGAUAUUUGCCGUUACAGGAGAAAAUUCUGUUCUGGGACAACAGAAAUCUGGGAUUGCGGGGUGACUACAAUGGCGUACUAUUGUUGGAUACAAUACUGCAGACACCCGUUCCACAGAACGAUGACAUCGUCCGGUUGGAGAUGCUUCUGUCGGAGGCGAUAUUGUUCCAGCAGAGCCUGCAAAGUUUAGAGGAUCAUGGAGUGGAGUGUCCGUCGGAUGUGAGCAAUGAACUGUUGGAAAAGAUUAAGGAGGCGCACAGCAAUGUGAAGAAGAGCAUCAAGGCCCAGAGGUGGAACACCGUCUGCAUUGAAUUGCCAUAUUCCAGCUUAAAACUUGUGGCAAACAAUGUAGUUUUCAAUUUAAAACAACUCGAACGACAUAUUCCCGCCUUAGCAAUAGCUUCAGCGAUAAACGAACGUCUCACCGAUCUUCUAGUUGGGUCCCGCGUUGUCGACACCGUGAAUUCAUCAUCAUUUGAACGUUGUCUAAUGUAUUCCGAACAUGCCCGCCGACAAACCUUUGAAAAAUGGCCACAUAUGGAUUACAAAUGGGCUUUGCCCGAUCAAAUGGCACAGGCCGGUUUCUAUCAUCAACCGAGCGCGACUGGAGAAGAUCGUGCAAUGUGCUUUACGUGCAAUGUAUGUUUAGUUUGUUGGGAGAAGACUGAUGAACCUUGGAGUGAGCAUGAACGACACUCACCUAAUUGUCCAUUUGUGAAAGGAGAAUAUACACAGAACGUGCCGCUCUCUGUUACAUAUGCCACAAGUCCUGCUAUCCAGACAGAUGGGUUCAGUGUGAUAUCAAAUACCGAUCAUUGUCACAUUAUGUGCACGAGUGAUGGGUCGGACGAGGUGACAAUUUGGAGCGUGGAGCGGCAAUUGCGAAAGAUGCACACAUUUCAAAUACAGGAUUUUCUAAAAGAUUUUCUGGAUGGUGACGAUCAAAUCAGUUCCACACGAACGACAGCCAUGAGUGUUUUGCCAAUGUAUGCCAACGCUGAAUCAUCACAAAAUGCAUUUGUUAACAAGACAUCUUCGAUAAGUCCCAAAGCCAAUAUUUUAGGUUCAAAAUUUGUAGUAGGAGUGACUGUGAAUAAAUCGUCUGACGUAUCGCAACUCUAUUUGUGUGCGUUUGUUCUAGAAGACGCAGUCAACCUGAAGGAAAAAGGUUUCCCAUCAGAAGACACAAUCAAGACAGAUUUCAGCGAUAAGAUUGAGUUUGAGAAGGACUCUGCACUGGCUAAACUAGUGUCUGAGGAAAAUUUUGAUUCGAGUCUCUUGAAACUGAAACUAGGACAAGUGUGUCCGUGGAAAGUAAGUGAAGAUGAGAAGUCUUUUUAUCUGGAUUUUGAUGACAAUAGCACACAAGUCGGGAUUGCAUGCAAGAUCAUUGAAGAUACCGAAAAAGCACUGAAGGAGCAAGAUACUACGAAAGUAGAGAAUCUCGAUUCUUCAAAGAUGCAAAAAAUAGUAACUGGAACGAAGCCAGAUGAGAUUAGCUGUAGAUUGAUAAGUUGUGUUGCCGUUAUUCCUCCCACUCAGGAAGUAUUCACGAUUAAUGAUAUUUUGUCGGUGAACGACGGGAAGCAUGUAUUAGUUAAACUUUUGCGAUCAGAAUCUUUCGUAAUUGAAGACAUUGAGGAUGAAACUUUGAAAAUGGAAGUUGAUGAGGAUGCAACCACUACUCCAAUGAGCUUUGUGGUGAAUUCUCAACUUCAAGUCUUCGAAAUCAAUGAAUACGGCCUGAUUGAGGAUCAUCCCCUAACUGCUCGUGAGUUUGAUAACGACAAAACAGCUCGAGAAAUCUGCACUAUACCCAAAUUGGACAACAACUGCAUUCAAACGGCCAAUUCGGAGGACGCAAACUCAGUUGUUUGUUUAGUUUGCAUGGAUGGUACACUGGAGCUUUUGCAAUUGAAUUCGCUGAGUACGAUUGCGAAUGUUUGUUUGAAGAGUGAGAAAAUUGUUUCGGCGACAUAUUGCAAAAGUUUGGAGAGACUUUGUGGUUGCACAGAAAAUGGAUCAUUGAUUUUCUAUGCUUUGCGUGAUACUGAUCCUGAUUCUACCGAUGAAAUGAUGGAUGACGACAAUGUCCUUUUGAUCACGUCGGAUACAUCGUUAACAGGCUGUGAACAAGAUGUUUCGGAAAUUGACGGUGGAGCAUCGGCCAGUCCUAAGAACAUUUGCAUGAAAAAACAAGCGGAAUUGCUUCAGGCAAAUCUGACAUCGUCAAAUUUAGUAGGUCCUGCCGGGGAUAGUGCACAUUCUUCGCCGACUCCGAAUUUAUUAGCGUACAAAAACGAGUUUACAAUUUCGGACUUGCAAUCACUCUAUUCGCUUACGUUAUUCGAUGAAAUGCUAACACCGUUUGUUGCCGAAGUGCCUGGAUGUUGGAAUGAAUUGGUUCAGGCGCAGAAGCAGCGACGUCAUCCACAGCAUUUGAGACCGGGCGAUGACACUCAUUUAACGAAGACGUGGCGUUUACAUAAUGAUGCGACGACUUGGGACGAACAUACCAUCGAAUUAACACUGGUAAAGCCAUCUUCAUUAGGGCAUAUUGACUUGAAGUUUUCGCUGUAUCAACAAUGCCCGAAUCCGCCUGCAAUACAAGUGACGCUUCUCAAACAGAAUACUAGUGGCUUUGGAUAUCGAAUGAAAUCGCAUCAUACAAUAAAUGUGACAAACGACUCUUCGGUUGACGACAACAUUGAAUUCAAUUUGAUUGAUAACGAAGGCUCUAAUGAAAAUCCAGUCUUGACGGAGGACUAUUUACAAGCGCACAAUGCUGAAAUAUUAGCUGGACCGAUUGAAUUGUCCUCCUGCAUGGAUUUGUGCGACCAAGGCGGUCUGGUCACUUUAACUAGCCCAAAAUUGUUUAAGACUAGGGCUCGCAACUUUUUGUUGCACAUAAAAACUAUGGUAGAUCCAUCUAAAGACGGUCAGGGCAAGACGAGAGUUCCCGUUAGAAAAAAAGGUGUCAUGCGCUUCCUGUUUUCAUCAUUUGCAAACAAUUCAUCACAAAAUUCGACUAACGCCACAUACUCUCAAAAUUCUUCUUCGAAUAAACAAUCGCGAAAUGAUUACUAUAUAGGAUGUGAUUGGCUACACGAAAUUUCCAUCACUGUUCGUAGCACAAAAACUGAUAAUAAAAUCAUAAAUGAUCGUAUGCAACGGUUUGCAAUGCUCGAAUCGAAUGGAUUUCUUGAGAAUUUGCUUAAACUUGCCUGUGAUACUUCAAAAUUACAACAAAACAUUUCAAUUGAUAUCCUCAUAUGGAUCUGUUCCAUACGAUUGACGCGAUUCCGAUCGCCCAAAAUGAUGGAUCGGGGCGGUGGUGGAGGAGGGAGCGGAAGUAGUAAAUAUAAAGGAAAUGAAACACCACAGAAAUCAUCAGCGGGAAGUUCCGGAUGUUUUAGUGAAAAUUCAAAUAUGGAUAUGGCGACUCAACAGAAGGAAUGUGUUGCGAUUGUGGAGCAGUAUUUGAAGAAGUUAAUAAUGUCGUGCAUUAUUAACGGAGAUCGUACAUUGGCUCACAAAGCUGUGAAAUUCAUUCUAAUUGUUUCGGAAGGAGUUCGAAAUUUACCAAACGAUGUUCAUCAGAAGUACAGCUUUGACGCGUCGCUUCGAAUUGCCAUUGUCUCAUCUUUACCGUUCAUUAUUACAUCAAAAUAUUCAAGUGCUGUCCGUUGGUUCACCUUUCUUAUAUCAGCUACGUCCAGCCCCGAAUCUCAUGUCGCCAUAUCAGAAUGUUGUGUAAAAUUGUUAAUGAAUAUAACUGGAGAAAUCAACAAACGAUGGAACUUGUUCGACUCAUUACUGGGAUCAAGGUAUGGUCUUAAUGGAUUUCCUUUCGAACCGGACAUAUUCGACAUGGAGCUGCCACCCCUGACACGCAGUAAUUCAACACCCAACACCCUCGCAAACAUUAUAAAAUCAAAUCCUGGGCUCUGGCCACCAUGUGGUUUAGAAAUUAAAAAACUAAGCUCGAUUGACGGUAUCGAGUUACGAUCAUUUCCACAUCUUAUUAAACGCAAAGGAAUUAGCAAUCAGGUACGAGGACUACUGGAAGUCGAACCUUUGCAUUUUACUUGCUUAGCAGCGUCCGAGGCAACGCGAAUUGAAAAUAUGGAUGCGUUAACAUCAAGCACUGCGUCGAACAUAACAAUGGAAGAGAUUGUCACAUCGACACCGCUUUACAAUAAUGUUGAAGGAUUUUUCGAUGCAAAGAAGGACGCAGACAAGGAUAAUAUGAAUGAUGAUAUUAUGAAUAACGUGAAAAACAUUUUGGUUGAUAAGUUUGUCAAUUCAGCACUGAAAAAAUACAAAAUGAAAGACGAAUUGGUUACGAUUAAACCUAAUGGAGUUGUCGAAUCAAGCGAGUCAUUUCCAAUGGCAACAGACAAAACGCAUAAAAUCAAACCUAAAACUUCAGCUCAAUAUCAAGAGGAUGAUUACAAUCCCUCCGAUGAGCUCAGUGCAGAGAACAAGCUCGCAAAUCGUAUAAAGAAAUACAUGACAGAGGGUGGAAAUUGCGAAGAUUACAACAGUAUAUUCUCUUGGCAUAAAUUGCUGUCUGUGCCGCCCAAGCAGAUGGUGGUUGUGGAUCGUAUUCAUUCGGGCGCUCGUCGAUACGUUGUUAUUGAUUUCGGUUCACCUGUAUUACUUACUGACAUGGUUAUUCCAGCCUGUGACGAGCUUGCAUCUCUAUUCAUCGAUAUCUGGUGCUUAAAUGAAGACACUGACAGCACCAGACUAGUGGCCACACAGGAUAUUGGAGUGAAGACCCUUGUUUUGAGUGAUCUACAACCUCCACCGAUUUGUCGUUAUAUGAAAAUUACAAUUAUUGGUCGUUAUGGAAUGUCAGCGACACGAUGUAAGAUUCCGAUUGGCUAUUUUUAUGGACACGUGGUUAUUCUGGAGAAUGAUGCCUACUCAGAUCCUUGUAAGUCAUCAUUUUUUCAUGAAAUAAUUUGUAAAUACAACACUUUCCUGUUUUCAGUAUUGAAUUAUGUGAAAGCGAAUCCUGCUAACAUUAGUGGCCAAAUAAAAGCGUUAAAAUCGCUUUACGACGAUGUUCAUUGUCGCUAUAGUCUUUCGAGUAGUAAGUUGAUUGAGCUACUCACGCCAAUACUGAAUAGCGAGUUGUGCAACAUCGCACAUAUGCAUGCAUACAUCAAUAAAUUAAAGGAUGACGAUAAUCAAAUCGAUAACGCUAAGAUUGUGAGCAUGUAUGAUGAAUGCAUAAACUUGCAACAUCAGCUCAACAUCAUUCGCAACGUGAUCGAUCGUCUUGACUCCUCUUUGGAUCCGAACAAGGCUCCUACUCACAGCCAAACACUCGCUUCGGCGUCUAGGGACAAGUUGCGAACAUUGAGUGAAAGUCUAGUAGAAAUCUUAUUACAUUUCACCAUUGAAUAUGGUGCCAAGAAUGUUCUUUCACUGCAUUCUUUCUUUAACAUCGAUGUUGCCAAUACGCUGUUCAAUACGUUAGUGGUUUCAGGAGAUGCCCAUAUACAAUUAGCUACUUGUUCGCUCCUAGUGCGAAUGUGCUGUUUUCAAAGUUGGUGGGGCGAUUUCCUUGCAAAUAUUUUCUGCACUCUUUACUCAUCACAAAAUACGCGGCUGUUUCCGCAAGACAGGGUUUUCUUCCUCCUUUCUUAUCUCGGACGUAAGAGUAUAAUGAUGGGGGCAUGUAGGUCAAUUGUAAUUGAUGCGAUUCUCAAGACUUUAGCAAAACUACUAGCCCCAAUUUCACCGCGAUACAAUAGAAACGAGAAUUUACGGGACGGUGAAAGCAGUCAAUCGACGAGCAGCUCAUUGUGGUCUAAGUCCGAUUUACAGUUGAUUACUUGGCUUUUACUAUUUUUAUCCGUUUGUUUGGACGGCAGCACUGAGAAAAAGGAUAAAUCUUCAAAUCGAUGGGAGUUCAUGUCGUGCGAAGCGGAUAUUUCAAAGUCACGACCGCAAUCAUCAUCGAGCUCGGGAAAAACAUUACCAAGAUGCUUCAAGAAGCGAAUUAUACAACAGAAUAAAUAUAACGGGAUCUCUUCAUAUUCAGAUUGGAGUAAGAAAAUGUCGAUAUUUCAGAGUGAGUUUCCUGAAGUGUUCAUGGAAUUGAUCGGUAAAUCAAAACCAAAGAUAAAUAAACACAACGCAGCCCCAAAGCCACCAAAAGACCCUCCUGCAGAGCCGGAAAAUUCAUUUGAUCAAGGAUUAAAAUCUACAAAAAUUGCCAAUUUGUUGAUUGUUAUUCGCGGACUGAUUGGAUUGAUUCUAGAAAUGGACUUUACUUGCAACAUGGACCUGUUUUUGUUAACUUGCAAGGUGAUUGCAAGAUUAGUUUCAGCUUGUAAACCGUCCAUUCAAUUGUCAAAAGUUAUAACAUCAAAUCAACUGGAACAACUGAUAAGACUGGCUGUUUGGAAUGAUCAGCAACAACCGUGGGCUGUGCAUACGAUUACAUGUUUGCUCCAAGAUCUUUUGGAUGCUGAUAAAAACUUCAAGGAAACAUUCGACGAUGACAAUGAAAACAACGAUGGAAACCUAAUGGAGGGGGUGGUAGAGAUCGAUGACUCCGCAAUCGAUAUAUCAGAAUCACAGCAAAGUCUACUACAAAACUCGCAAGUCGUGAAAGAUAUUAGCUAUGCUGACACUGUAAAAUACGGUCAGUUGCCAUCACUGAUUGAGUGUGAAGAUGCGGAGCUCGAUGAAUUUUUGCAUGAUUUCGACAUAGUCGACCGAGGAAGAAAUCUGAUAAAGAAAGACAAUCUAUCACAAAGUAAGAACAGUUUCAAUUUCUUCUGCAAAUCAGUCUCGAGUGCGCUGGAUUCCCGUUUGGAUUAUGGACUGGAUACGAAUGUUGAGAUUCUGAUUCGUCGAUUGACCAUGACCCCGUCACUAGAUUUGUAUGAUUCGUUGCCGCAGAUUUCAACGAAUGAAAUGGAUUUUUCAUCGUCCGAGCUGUUAGCUUGGCCAGAAAACAUUACACUAGCUUGGUCGGGAACAGAAUACAAUAGUGGCCAACAAGCUUGUGAAGUGUUUAAAAAUGUUUUUGAUAACAUCUUUGCUGAUUUACAUUUGCAAGAUACUUGGGUCCAUUUGGAGCAACUUCUACAAAUGUGGUUGACUUUGAAUAGUGAGUUGUCAGAAAGACCGGGUGUACGAAAGAUCGCGUUUGGAACCAAUGCAGUGCAAGGUUUGCUUUCGGCGUUAGCUUGGCAUUCAGAUAUUAAGCUGCGAACAUGGGGUCUAGGAUUCCAUUGCCUGACAUUGGCGUGCCACUUGAAACCUGAUUGUGAGGGUGACAAUAACAGCUACGUUAACCGAAAAAUCGAUGUGGCUAUUAUAAAAGACGAAAACUUUGAAAAGAUGCUGCUUCGAUUCUUCUCCGGAUAUGGAAUGAGUUCAUCCACGACAACUAAUCGAUGCGCGGGUCCAACAAUUUGUAAGUAUCUACACGAACUUUUGGGCGUACUUUCAAUCAACGCUACUUUCGCGGACCCCACGUCAAAUGUUAAGCGAAAACUCAAAGACACACUUCUGAAUGUUGUUCUACAAUUGGUUCAACCGGGAGGUGCAAUAUCAAAUCAACAGGGACCAAUCGAUGCUCAAAGUCAAUUAGUACGUGAUCUCAUGUCAAUACAUUAUGAUAAAGCUGAUUUGAAUGUUGCAAUGAGUAUAAUAGAAAGUGUUUCAUUUUUGGUUUACAAUAGUAUUUCGAAUUCUGAGAAAAUUUUGUGUCAGCGUUCAGGUGAUUCAGGCAACACAAAUAAUACUUUCGGAAGUCUUUUUGCCACGGUCUUGGGAUCAGAUAACUCAAAACAAAAUACUACUGUAUCGGAUAGCUCAUUAAUUGUGAGUUUAUUGAAGCUAUCAGCUUCGUUGGUGCAAACAGAAAUUGACAAGAGAUCAGAUGGUGGAAAUAGGUCGGAAUUAAGUACAGAAAGUCAGACAGAUGAGAUCAAAGCGGAACAACAAAAUAGCAUUGAGAUUAAAACCAAAGUGCCUUGUGUAGCGGAUACAGUGCUCCGACACUUUCCAACAAUGAAAAGGCUACUAGGGUCUUUAUCACAUUGCAACAGUUCAUCAUUCUCGCUGUUUGUUUCAUCGUCAUUGUAUCAAAUCAACAUAACGGAAAUUAGUAGCUCAUUGAAUGAGCCUCAGACGACGGCCGAUGCGGUUUUUCAUUUAUUAAUGUUACUUUGCACAAAAGCAUCACAGACAAAUUUAGUUAUAGCCCCUAUUUACCAGUAUUUAGAAAGCAAUUCCUCGCCUAGAAAUAUCCUUCCUCGCUUGCAACUAUCUGAACCGUUUCUUUGGUAUGUUUUGAAAGUUCUUGAGACACCAGCAGCCGUUGGAGUUUUCAGUGAAUUGGGCGGCAUGAAAAUACUUUGCCAAAACUUAAUAAAGUGCAAUAAGGUUUUGAUGAACAUGCAACCGGGCUUGAUUUCGUUGAUAAUGCAACACUUGACGAAAAGUAGCAAAAUCAAAUGUAUAGCUAGCACGAAUGGAACAGCUUCCAGUUCAAAAAAGGCUUCCCAGUCAAAUACAAAAGGAACAGAAGGAGCAAUCAAUUUCGCUCCAUUUUGUACGAUCUCAUCGGAAAAUUCGGCUGCACAGCCGGCUGACGUGCUCAUACAAACUCCAAUAGCAUCACAUCGACGUGCAAGGACGCCGGCAUGGAGCUACAUGUUUUAUCCAAACGAAUCGUAUGUUGAUUUGACUCUGACCUUACCGACUGCUAUUAUGCUUAUGGAAAUACAAAUUCAACCACAUUUGUCAUCAUUGGCAUCUUGUCCAUCUGCGGUUGCUGUGGAAAUUUCACGCGAUUGUGGUUUAGGGCCCAUACCCUUUGGUCAGGCGCAUACAACGGUCGGAAUGACAUUUAUUCGAUUGAAAUUGGCUAAGCCGGAAAUUGCAUCCAGUAUUGUACUGCGACUAUACAGACCAAAAGACAGCUCAAGCAUUGGUCUCACACAAAUAUCAGUACUUGGAACAACGAUAUUCAACGGUGGCAAAUGUAUUGGUAACAAUAGUAACGAAAUGUCUGCAUUGGAAGAUGAUUCAUUUGCCAAGACGGGCGUAGGUUGGAUUCGAAUUCUAGCUCGUUGCUUUAGUGUAGCAAUGUUUGUCCCGGAUAACCCGCUUGCGAAUGCUGUUGUUAGUGCCACGGCUGAAUAUCCAGGAUUUCUCGAAGCCUGUUGCACGUUGCUGAAUAUCAUGCCUCUUUGCUCCAACAUCGCUUUACAAAAUUUGGAAACGGUGCUUCUGAAACUUGGAACACAUAACCGGACUCUAAGUUUGAACUUAGUUCAUAAUCUACUCUCGGGAACAAUGCCACAAGUUUAUCGCCUGUGCAAUGAAGCUGUCUGCGAUCUGCUGUAUGACCUUUGCACCAAAAAUGACGCCUACACUACUGAUAGAGUACUCGUUUUACUGGAAUGGAUUGUGAAAGUUCACGAAAAUUUCGACCCUAAAUCUGUGCAGCAUAUAAAUCCCCAAAGUGGUCUGUUGAAGGUCAUUUCAUCAAUCCUCUGGACAGUUCACUCCGAACAUACUGUUCCUAAUUUAACAGAAAUAAUAACUGACGACCUAUUCGAAGUUUGUUUCCGCAUGAUUGAGAAUUCGGAGACAAAUGCUGCCCUGAAGACAUCAUUUGAUUCGUUGUUAUGCUCAUUUUGCUACAUUCGACCUGAACUUUUCAGUAAAUUGUUAACCAGCUGUGGAUUUGUGGAGCACAUGCAAAUGGAAGGUAUGACGGACGACACAAAAGAAGCGAAUUCAAGCAGUAGACUUCCAACUGGUCAAGUGAAUGAUGAAAAUCUCUCGAAACUAUUCGAAAACAUUUCCUUAUUGAGUACCUUAUCGGCAGCGUGUCAGUCGCGGCAAGCUAUUCAGUUACUCAUUGAGUCGAAACUCGCACGAAGAUUGGCUCAAGCUGUACACGAGUUGUGCUGUUCUAUUUCGCCUGAAGUUAGAAAGAUUUCGUCGAAGACUCGAAAGAUUUCAAAUUGUAGUUUAACGGAUUCAGAUAAAGCAGAAAAUGUAAAAAUUGAUGAGAUGUCUACCGAUUGCGUGUUGAAAGUCUACCAAUUGCCGGAAGUGUUAGACUUCUUCUCGGAAUGCUGUGCCGAAGGACAGAUGCGAGAUUGGUUGGGAUCCUACCAAGGAUCGAUAUUCUGGAAGCCCCUUUUGGAGUUACUUUGCAAUCACAGGCCCGUUGAUUCGAGUGUAGAACCUUUGCAACAGCAUUUCAUCCGAAUUGAGCGCUCAACAAUAAACUUUUUCUCACGUGUAACAGCAUGCCAUCCGAAAAAUCAGGAGAAUUUAACAACUAUUUUGAUUUCGGUCAUUAAGAAGCCACAAAAAAUAACACAGCCAGCAAGUAAUACGAUCAUUUCGGGAUUUACGCGACGAUUAGUUUUACAGUUGUUAUUAGAGAGUGAAAAGAUUCUUGUCUCGGUGCGUAGUAAGAUGACGCUACAAAAGCGAAGUAGUUCUAUGUAUUUGGUGAACAAUCAUCCUUCAAAGCGGACAAAUGCCCAUCAUCUGCUUUUCUACUUAAGUUCGCAUACUAAAUGCCAAGAUCUGUUACAAAAUUGCAUAUCAAUUUAUUCCAACAUUUUACCGUCGAUGAAUUCGGAUACAAAGCAAACCGAUCCCACUAGUUCCAGCAAUGCGGGGAAAAAUCAGAUUGAUAAUCAUAAGGAACUAUUGGAUAUGGGUUUCAGGUUAGGCGCGCAAGGUAUGGAGUUCUUGAGUGUGGUGGCUGGUGUGACGGCGAAGGAUAAACGUCUGAAAGAUGUGAAGAAUCAGGCGGCAGCCUUGAAGGAGAAAGAUUUAGGUCCUAAAUAUUCAAAACUAGCCAGCGAUGAUUUUUUCGCAGCGAAUCUAAAAAAUCAAGUUUCAAAUUGUGCUGCAAAUUGUCUUCAGUUUCAACAUAACGUCUGCCCCGACGUGCUUCUAACCAGUGACACGUCAAUAUCUCAAAUUCUUGCUUUGAUCCAAAGUCGCGGCCAUUCAUUAUCAACGCCAUGUUUAGAACUUGAGCUGAUCUCCACUACAAAUCAGGCAGAUGAGUUCACAGAUGAAUCACUGAUUAAAGCAUCAAAUAUGGAACCUCUGCCAACACCACUGCAAAGAUUUUCGAGUCGCGGUGGUUUGUCACUCUUAGCCCAUUAUUUGCCAACGGUGUUUCCGGAAAAUUCAAAAGCUAACACUACGCAUCCGGAUAAGGAGAAAACACCACCUUCGAACGAUUGGGUGAAAGUCGAACCGAAUGAUGAAAUAUAUGAGGAUCUGGAAGAUACGGCGACUGAAGCAACAUCGAAGUUACCAACAAUAACAUCAGUGCCACAACAUUCAUUAGCUGCUUUUGGGUUGUUCCUACGUUUGCCAGCCUAUUCGGACGUUUUAUUGCGUGAUAAAUUGCGAGCACAGUGCUUACUUCGUCUUGUGUUAGGUGUUACUGGCGAUGGGGAAGGAAAUGAUAUCUACAGCCUGUCUCUAGCUCCCUCACUCCCAACCUUACCGUUUGAAGUAUUCCGUCAACUUUUGGAUAGUUCCCCAUUGACGACUGACGAUGGAGUGCUCUUACGACGAAUGGUCAUCGAAGUGGGGGCAAUGCAUUUAGUGUUAAAUUGCCUCGGUAUUUUCACUCAUCAAUCACAAAAUUAUCAAAUAACUGGGCCACAAACAGAGAUCGCCAAUGGUGUGAAAAAUCCAGCAAGCGACCAAGAUCAAGUAAUAUCCGAUGACAAAUCUCACGUGUAUUGGGCCAAAGGUACUGGUUUCGGAACUGGUUCCACACAGCAAUCAUGGGAUGUUGAGCAAGCACUUCUCAGACAGAAAAGCGAAGAGGAACAUGUUACAGUGCUUUUACAAGUUCUUUCGAGCUACAUAAAUCCAGGAGAUAAAGUUCCUAAAUACUUAAGCUGUGAUGAUGUGGUGGGCUACCACGAGCUUACAGAAGUAGCUGGUGAAUUGCCAUUGAUUUUCCUAGAUUUAUUGCAGCAAUCAUGCUUAAUCCCGGCACUAAGCUCCUAUUUACGAAAUGAUUCUGUUUUGGACAUAACACGUCACAUUCCACUCUACCGAUCUAUACUACAAUUAUUACGUGCUCUCGCUCUUUGCAAUCAACUAAUGGGACUGCUACAACCAAAGGAUCCAUCUGAGGAGUCGACGUCAAUAGCAUCGCUUCUGGUUAAUAUGAAGACUUGCGUAGAUACGUAUGCAAAGCGUUUGAAAGUGAACAAAAAAUCGAAUAUCAAAGGACAAACACAAAAGGUAACGGUCAACAUAGACGACGGCGACGAUGAAGGUUUAGCUCUAUUAAUUCCUGAUAUCCAAGAAACGACACUCUUAGUACAAAGAGCUUCAAAUAUAGAUUAUCAGUCUAGUAGCUCGCAUGACACCGACAAAGGAUACGUAGAUAGGCCAAUAAGUAAUUCGAUCGAGCAGCGUUAUCUAGAAAUUAUGAAAAAAUUACAAUUUGAUACGUAUGAAAUGAUUGUUGAGUGUGAAAAUGGAUAUCGUUUUGUGGUAUCACAUCAUUUCGAGAAUAACGUUAGAACUGCAGGCGAUCGAGGUCAUCCGUCGCGUGUGAAACGUUUAGCACAGGAAACCGUGACACUAUCAACAAGCCUGCCAUUAUCGUAUAGUAGUUCAGUAUUUGUACGCUGUGAUACCGAUCGCUUGGACAUUAUGAAGGUACUCAUAACUGGCCCAGCAGACACGCCAUAUGCAAAUGGUUGUUUUGAAUUCGACGUUUACUUUCCACCUGACUACCCAAACUCGCCAAUGCUUAUUAAUCUAGAGACAACCGGGCGACAUACUGUGAGAUUUAAUCCGAAUUUAUAUAACGAUGGAAAAGUAUGCUUAUCCGUUUUGAAUACAUGGCACGGCCGACCCGAGGAAAAGUGGAAUGCACAAACAUCGAGCUUCUUGCAAGUGCUUGUAUCGAUACAGAGUCUGAUUUUGGUUCCGGAACCCUAUUUCAACGAGCCUGGCUUCGAAAGGAGUAGAGGCACACCAAGCGGAACUCAUUGUUCAAGAGAAUACAAUAGCAACAUCUACCAGGCAUGCGUUCGAUGGGCGAUGUUGGAACAAAUACGGAAUCCUAGUCCUUGUUUUAAAGAAGUUAUUCAUACACACUUUUGGAUCAAACGUCAUGAAAUUUGUGCUCAAAUUGAAAAUUGGAUAAACGAACUGAACAAGCCCCAAUACACGGAGCGAAGUGGUCGUGCAAUUUCUUUCAAUUCGAUGGUUUUGCGCCGUCAAUAUAAACAGCUUCGUGAGGAAUUGGCUCGGCUGCCCGUGCCUGAAGGACUUGAAGAUCUCGACAGCCCUUUUAAUCCGAUCACAUCGCUUUUGGCUAUGCCUGAUAUCAUGCCCCAGCAGUCACCCACCCAAUCGGUGGCACAGCAACCAUCAAAUUCAUCGAAUAGCGUUGACGCUGAUGGGGGUAACGAGGCGGGAGAAGUUACGACGACGGCUACGACCACCUCGGUGCCCGAUGACGCGACAUCGUCGACAGUAGCAGCAGCAGCACAAGAGGGUAUAAUUCCAAAUCAUAAUCAAAACCAGGAGGACUCAAACGAUCAGUUUUCUUCAAUGUCUUCAUCAUCGACAUCAAAUUGGGGGCUUCAUACUAGUUAAUUAUUACAUAAAUAUGUAUUCUAUUCUAUUUUGCUGUUAUAUAUUACAAUUUAUUCAAUACGAUCCGAGGAAAGGAACUACUUUAAACGAAACCAUAUCCACCAUUAAGCUGAGCUGGCUUCAUAAAACUACACCCACUACAAAAUAAUAUAUAUACAUAUAUAUUUACUUCAAUUUGGAAAUGUAUAAUUAAACACGUUUUCCGUUUAUUUAUUUAAUUUGUAUUCGUAUUUGUACGACUGUAUAUUAUAAAGGAUGGUCAACAUUAACUACAACCAAAUAUAUUGAAUAUUUAAACAGGCGAAAUUUGCAGUUACUAAAGCCACUUCUUCUUUUCUGCGGUGCAAUUGAAACUUACACAUGUGCAGCAGCUACAAAAACGGGUUUAGUUAACAGUAAAACUGAACCAAACUAUUGUCAUUAUUAGCAGAACUCAAAUGCAACAUUUCCAAACAGUCAUGAGCAGAAGACUCUCCGAUCCGCCAUUGGUCUUUUACUUUGUAGGGAGGUUGUUUAGUUGGGACUGCUUUUACUUCAAUGAAAUAAUAUGUGUAAUAAUUUGUAAGCGAUAAACAUUGAAAUAUUACAUAAUGGCUACAGAAAAAAACAUGGAAAAACUGAGAAGCAAAACUUGAACUUUUACAAAAGGUGAUUGAAUUAUUAUAUGAAAAAUAAAACAAAUUGUUUGUGUUUUUGUA